AAUGUGGACCAGUAUGCAGGGCACUGUUUCACAAGCUUGCGUUGGAUUUGUGUGGUAACUCGGCCAUGAAGACUGGAGCUGAACUGAAGUCAAGCGAAGUUUCGAUGUUCUGUAGAUAUUAAAUUAUGCUAUUGUAGGAUUGCUGGUGUUGCCGGAUCGCCCUCUUGGUAUUGCAAGCAUGGAAAAAGAGUUUUUUCAUGGUGCAGUGUGAGAUUCAAGGCGCAGCUAGGAAUCGGCAUUGAGGAUCAGGAUUCUGGGUUUUGAAUUCGGCGUCAUGUUUCAGGGCGUGCACAUGAGGCGGUGCGAGGUCUGGGCGAGUCCAUCACAUGCUACGCAAAUUUGUACUAACAGUCUUGGGAGACGCUCGCCAUCGCGACUCGCUGUCCUCUGUAGAUUGAGGGGUUUAGGUCGUUUGUGCCAGUGCACUGACGCCAUGGUAGUGAUUUGUCCUCUAUCGGAUAUUUCAUUGAAGAUAUCUUGCAAUGAAUCGCUUCAGUCUUCGAGAUUCACGAGUAGAGUUUGGGGUAAGAUUGGCAUGAAGCAAUCGAACGGCAGGACUCGGGAUGUGUGUGUUGUGAAUGCUACACGGCGGAACGUAGAGGAGUCGAGAACUGCAUCUGUGAAUGAUGAGACUAGUGAAGGUUUGCGAGAAGAGAUGUUGGUGUCGUCAUUAGUGGAUGAAGCCCCACAGAUCGGGAGGGGCGUGCCAAUGAAUCUUGCGGCAAGAGUUGGUGUCACCGCAGCAGUCGUCAUGAUGGCGAUUCUUGGGUUUGUGGCGAAACCCCGGAACGAGAAUGGUGGAGGUUCUGUCUCAGAUCUCAUCAAGAGGGGUCAGCUGCGAUCUGACAGGGGCGAUGGCAAGGCGCUGAAGUACGAGGACCCCUUCAAUAACCCUUUUAUUGGUGGAAAGUCGGAGAAAGAGAAUUCUUUAGUGAAAAUGUACGGUAGACUUUUCAGGGUAGCUCCUAUAAAACUGACCGACGAGAAAAGAGUGAUUCAUCAGAACAGGCGUGUACAAGCUUACAGGUGGAAGCGACCUGUUGUUUUCUUGAGUGAAGGAGAACCUGUUCCAGAAGGAGUGGAUCCCGAAGAAGUUCGAUGGAUACCAACAAACCAUCCCUUCGCAACAACUGCUAACUAUAUCGAUGAAGACUUGGCGCAACAGAACGUCAUGCAAGUUAGGGGAGUGCCCUCUCGUCUGAAAGCUGAACACGAGGCACUCCGGAAGAAGAUGAUGGAAGCUGCAAGCAAGGAGCCAGCGUUCAAACUACCUGACAGCUCUGUGGAUCAAUGGGGGUCUCCUCCAAGUGCUGGUGAAGUGAGUGAUAGCGAAAUCGAAGGAGAACGGGGGGAGACACGGCGACUGGAUCGCAGAAGGUCGCCCUCUGGUACAAACGGAUCUCCUCGUCUGCGCAAUAUAGAUGGAUCGGACCUCUUAAAUGAGCCCCAGUAAUGUUUCCAUGAAGGGCAACGCGAACAAUAGAAGCUCAAAUUUGUUGCACACAUGGAACAAAUGCUCCCAUUCCGAGCUGAAGAAUUGCACCUGUUUCUAAACACCUUGGACACAUAAUUCAAAGGCAUCUUCUCACAGGAAUAUCUCUGGAUUGGCAAACAAAUGUUGUGGGAGACGAGUGAGAAGACUCUGUGGAUAGUUUUUAUCUCUGAAAGUGGUGCUAGAUGCCCCUCCCAGAGGUCAUAUUUUAGUUGGCUUCAAGGAUGGUUAAGUUAAUGAAAAUGCUAGUUCUUGAGAAGUGUACCAUAUUCUGUAGGGUUGCAAUAAGUUUUGGUUUGAUUAUAAAUAAACCCAACAAGUAUUCGAAGGUGGAUAUUGGUAGCAGGAUUGAUUCAGCAUUUAUCCAUGUUUCUUGAUGUCCACAAGUAAUUGACAUUCCAUCA